GAACACGACGUGGCAGCCACACAGAUCACUUCCUCUGCUCGGUGUAAUGUUGACAUCCGGCCCACUUCAUCCCCAACGUUUGCCAUAUCGAAGUGUCUCUGAAGCGGUUUAUUCAGCCGAACUAAGUGGGAAGUAAAGAAGCUUUCAGCGGCUAUGCGGAGGGAGCUGCAGGAACUAAGCAGCUGUGUUGGAGAGCUGAUGGCUGGGCUGCUCCUACUCCUCCUGCUGGGGGACUGCAGUGGAGUUUCUGCAAACAGAGGGGGAUAUCAUUCAUUUACUGAUGAAAUUCCUUUUAAAAUUAGCUGGCCGGGUUCUGAAUUCAGUCUGCCAGAUUCAGGUGCAUUAUACAGCGAAGAUAACUUUGUUAUCAUGACAACAACAGAGAAGGAGAAGUACAAAUGUUUGCUGCCUUCACUGACAGCUGGGGAACAGGAUGAUGAUAAGGGGUACGGCGGUCCCAGUCCGGGUGACCUUCUUGAGCCGCUGUUCAAACGAAGCAGCUGCUCCUACAGGAUUGAGUCUUACUGGACAUAUGAAGUAUGCCAUGGGAAGCAUGUCAGGCAAUAUCAUGAAGAGAAGGAGACUGGGCAGAAGAUCAAUGUUCAAGAGUAUUAUCUGGGGAAUAUGGUACAGAGGAGUCAGUCUUCUGAUACAGAUCAAGUUGAGGAGAAAGAAAACGCCAAAACAACUCAACAAAGAGAAGUUCCCACCAAAAACAUUGAAGGUCAGCUGACUCCAUACUAUGCUGUGGAAAUGGGAAACGGGACUCCUUGUACGCUGAAGCGGAACCAGCCACGCUCCACUGCCGUGUUGUAUGUCUGUCACCCUGAAGCCAAGCAUGAGAUCCUUUCCAUCGCCGAGGUCACCACCUGUGAAUAUGAGGUUGUGGUGUUGACGCCUCUGCUGUGUGCUCACCCAAAGUACAGGUUCAAAUCCUCCCCGGUGAAUGCCAUCUUCUGCCAGGCUCUGGAGGGCUCCCCCCUGCGGCCUCAGCGGCUUAUUCAGUUAGACAAAGAGCAGGAGGAGCUACUUAGACCACCAUUUAGCACUAAUGCCAACACCAGAGAAGAGGACGUAUCACCAGUCAGAGAGGAAGCUUUCCCCUCCACUCACAAACCCAUGAAUGUGGGAGGGCAGGUACAGGUCACAGUUGGCACCACUCAUAUCUCGCGUUUGACAGACGAGCAGCUGAUCAAGGAGUUCCUCAGCGGCUCGUAUUGUCUGCAAGGGGGUGUAGGCUGGUGGAAAUAUGAGUUCUGUUAUGGAAAACAUGUCCACCAGUACCAUGAGGACAAAGAGCAAGGGAAGAACAUUGUAGUGGUGGGGAACUGGAAUGCAGAGGAGCACAUUGAGUGGGCGAAGAAGAACGUAGCCAGAUCCUAUCAGCUUAAAGAAGACGGAGCACAGAAAGUAAAGGUCGUAUCCCACUUUUAUGGACGUGGGGAUUUAUGCGAUUUGACAGGAAAACCCAGACAGGUCAUUGUGAAGCUCAAAUGUAAGGAAUCGGAGUCUCCCCAUGCUGUCACCGUCUACAUGAUGGAACCUCAGACCUGCCAAUAUAUACUUGGGGUCGAGUCGCCGGUCAUUUGCAGAAUUCUUGACACCGCUGAUGAACAGGGGCUUCUGUCAAUCCCCAGUUAAGAUGAAAAGAUCCUGUGAUGAUCCAGCAGUGAUGCAUGAAGGAUGAGAGGACACUUGUAAAACAGAGGACCCUCUGGUGAAAGAAAAGACUUUCAAUGUGAUGAAAGCCAAAACUGUGGUUGAACCCGAUUGUAAAGCUGGACACCAUAUUGCCCAGGAGCGCCGGUCCAUGCCAGGCAUUGCAAGCAGCAUAUGAUACAACCUAAGCUGUUGAUGAUUGAAAAGGGACUAAUGCCUUAAAAGGCAGUGGAUAUAAUUCCCAUACUUCAUAUCUAUGCUUCUCUUUGAGUUGAUCAAUUGCAAACAAGACAAAAUUAGUCUUUUUUUUUUUUUUUAUCAGUGGAACUGACUCACAAU